GCCCAUCAACUUUCAUGUCCUCGCCUCCAUCAUCCAACGCGGAGGAAAACCCGCCCUAUUAUAUCUUGGUAUCCCAGAGCCCUCUGCCGUCGGGUUCCACAGCAUCAAGGCCUCCAUACCAGUCUUUCACGCACCCUAUUAUUGAGUAUCAUUACGCAGAUGACCUGCCGCACGCAUUGCUCCCUCAGAACCCUCAGGAGCAUGUUCUCGUCCUCGACUACGAUCCCACCAGUACAAUAUCUCCGGUAGCCCAAAUCUUGUCGACAGAGCUUGCAGUAUUAAGCGUGAAGGCUACAGCAGCCCCCGCAUCUGGUCCUGCUACCGACGAUAGCCCGAAUCCGAAGAAGAACGGCCAGAUAUAUGUCAUCGAGACGACGCAAAUCCCUCUAGUCACGUAGGUCGGCACAGGUGUUCAGCAUGUGUUGAGAGUUCAUAUGGCUCUCUAGCUCGGACGAGUA